AACCGCGUCAAGUGAAUUUAUUUCGUAGAAUUUAAAUCAUGUUUGCACUUAAUAUAAAGCAUUUGAAUUUUUAAAGCGUGACGUGAAAUACAUUAAGAAAUACUGGAUUAAACACCCGAUGUUGCCACAACUCGACGACGUGUGUGUUCCUGGGCAAGACUCUUAUAACGAUAAUUGCUUGAACCGACAGUGAUCUUAACAUGCUCUUGAUGCCUUUGGCUGAAAACCCGCUGCUGGAUACUGCAAAUUACUCGAAGCGGCAACGUGCACGUAAUUAACGAUCCGCUGUGCUAUACUAUAGUCAGUUGUUAACUGAAGUCAUGCGUGGAAAAGAUUGACAGUCUUUUCACAAGAACUCGACUUGUGCAUGAUAUUUAGACGUUAGAGUACCAGAGUUCAAUUAAAACUGUUACAUGCAUACUGUAUAGCAAAGUUAUUGUAGUAAGUUCAGAAUCUGGUGUUAUGUCCAGGUUUUAUAUAAUUUAUCGUUCUAUGCAAAUUACGAGUGAGUUUUGAUUAAUUUUGAAGUACAUCUAAUGUGAUGGAAAUACGUCUCCAGCAUCUGCUGUAUGGAUGUUCGGAUCAUGAAAAUGUGAUGAACGUAUGAUGACCUGACAAUAAAGACUAUGUUACAUGACAUAAGAAAGUCGAAGCAAGGAGCUGUUAUCAUGUGUGAUAAGAAAAAAUAUAUCUUGAAGUCCAAAUGCCACAUUGGUGAAGUAAUGGAACAGCUGGACACACAGCGACGACACACAGAAAAUUCCACUUGUGACGUCGCACUUGAAGUCGAAGGCGAACUAUUGUUAGCUCAUAAAGCAAUUCUCGCGGCUUGUAGCGGCUUCUUUAACGAGAAAUUAAAAGAAUCAACAUCAACGCUAAUUGGUCAAAGAUCUUUGGACGAAAAACUCUUUCAUCCGAUGCCUCCAGCAAAAAGAAGACGCAAAACGGUCUCCGAAUCUCACUACGGAAGAUCAAUCUCAGUCAAGAUGAUCCCGAGUCCUCCGACUUCUCCCAUUCUUCCACCUUCUCCAAAGUCUCGCUCCUUUGCAGCUAAGAGUCUCCGAAAGAGACAAACCAUUUCGCUCCCAGGAUUCAACCCGAUUAUUUUUGGUCAACUGUUAGAUUACAUGUACACUAUCGAGCUGUGCAUUACCGAAGAAAAUGUCGUUGACCUUUUACUAAUGUCAUGCUUGCUCCAAGUUCAUGACGUCAUCAAAGCCUGUAUGUACGUAAUGCUGAAAGAACCAACAUGGAAAUCCAAGGCAAAAAGAUCAAACAUAAAACCUCCUGCUCGCUUUUCGCGCCGGCGGUCCGGAGAGAAAACCAAAGGAAACCCAAAUCCUCAUUUAUACAGACCAAUCGAAGAUCCCGAAUCGACCGCCGUGAGCCAAAGUGUGAAAUCCGGUAAACGACAAUAUGAAGAAUCAACGUGUUUGGAAUCGUCUGGUAAUAAAACGACGUCCUCAUCUGAAGGAAGUAACACCGAAAGUGAGAAUUGUGACAAAGUUUUGGCUCGUUACUCUGGUGUACAAAGCAAAGAAUCGUGGGAGCAUUGCAUAGUUCCCAGACCAUGCUCGCCUGUCGACUGCAGUAAAUUAGCGCCCGAGCGACAUUGUAAACGUUCUGCGGCUCGAUCUGAUAAGACGGAAAGUGAUAAAGCGGUGCCCAUUCUCCCAGACCGAAGAAUGUUUAUGCCCCCCCAACUAGGGAUGUCCUGCGGAAAACAGUUGCCAAUUCAGAAAGCAAGAAGUUUUGAGCGACGAUCUCCUUUGGCUGCCGGAAGAAUUCGAACUUACAGCGAAGGUCAGCACAUACUGCCACCUUCACGAAGCUACGGUGAUGUUGCCCAUGAUAGCGUACACUCAAGCCUUGGCGUUUCGUCACGUAAUGACGCAACAGUGGUUCAAACUGAUCGGCGAAGACUUUCCGGUCUCCACCGCCAGAGACCGGUAAGAAGUGACUCCGAUCCAAGACUGGAUCGAAGCUUUAAACAAGCUGUGCAACCAAGCCACGAUGACGUUACCCGUCAAGCAACUACUUUACCUCAAUACCCGGUUGACCUUAGAAGCCAUGCAUCUAAACCGCCAACAAUCGGAACACCACCCCUAACUACACUAACAGCUGCUCAAAACAAUCUGAUUCAGCCUGCGUUUGAUUACAACAGAUUAUUCCUCGAACAACAAUACGCAGCAGCACUUGCCGACCAAAUGUGCCAACCAAGCCAGUUGUUUCAUCCACACAUACCUGCUCUGUACCCUCCCGGUUUUCUUGUCAAUUUGCCCCAACAACCAGAGGUGUUGCUCUCCCCUCGUACCACGUUGUACACCCAUUGCGCAGGCAACACACCUCAGGUUCGACCAGUUCUAACCUUUCCAGGUACAGCCACAUCUUUUCAUGAGCAAACAUUAUCGCACAACUUGAUUCCAAAGCAUCUAAAGUUUGUUGAACCGCUGUAUUAUGCCAGUGAACCGCCGUGUUAUAAAAAAAGCGUUUCCCAUUCCGAAACAGAGAGACCAAGAUACGACGUCUCGUGCAUUAAGCACCUGAAAAAACGUAAGCUAAUGUCUGCUGCAAUGGCAGAUUCCGGUACAGAUACGGAAAGUGUGGAAGCAAUGAGUAUAGACAGUGGUGUGGUGAUAGAAUCAAGCAAAUCUAUUUCGCUCCAAGCGAACUCCAUUGAAGAUAUCCCGUCAGUAAACCACCAGUCGAAACCCGUAAGCAGCACGGCGACAAUAUCUCCUCUUUCACUCGACACAAAUGAAGAGAUUGCCAGACAACAGCAAUGUGUCAUGUAGAUUGUAGAUUUGAUAAGUGAACUUUGAAAAGAGCUAUAUCUGUCCAUUCCAGUCUUUGAAGUCUUCGUAUCCAUUCCAUAUGCGUUGUAACCUCGCACCAAACCAAUGCAUUCCGCGUUCAAUCAUUUGUGUGUAUAUAAACUUAAGUUCUCUCACGUUCCAUUCCAUUGUACAGUACUGUGUUCUGUCUCAGGGCAACAUUAGUUUAGAGAUGUAAGCAUCUUGCACAUACACCUUCUCUAAUGUUCAACCACUUUGUAUAAAAUAUAAGUUACUGAAUUAUUAAGGUGUCUGUUUUACUUUUAUGACCUUCAGUCGUUUUGUCGGGCAACUUAGCCAACCAUUAUCGAACUGAACCAGCUUCCAUAUAGCCUACCUUAUAUACAGUUAUAUGUUGUAACAUGCCCAAUCUUGCCAUUUUGUGUGCAUGGUUUCUUGUGUAUAAAGCGUAUGCUUCUCCAGCCGCUGUGUGCUUGCUUUUACUUUAGCCCAUUCCGAUACAUAUGUAUAGACACUUCACCCUAAAUGCUACCGCGUAUUAGCUUUCCCAUCUCCAACAAUAAUUGCUGGGGUAAUCUUACCGUAUUUGCAUUCCAUCCGUAAUAAGUUAAAUGGUACCAUUAUAAUCGUGUACGUUUCGCAGUUAACGUUUGGAUUAAAAUAGAGAACCGC